UUUAUUAAGAUGGCACAAUAAGAAGUCAGGUUGUCAACAAGCAUUUAUUAAGUGUCUACUAUGUACCAGCAUCAAUAAUUACCCAACAGUCCCCAAAUUAAAUAUGGAACACUCCCCAACAAGCAGGUGCAAAGAUAAUGGGGCACACAGGUGUGGAAUAGGGAUAACCAAGGUAAGGGCUUAGAAUUCUUUUUCUCUUCUUAGGGAUCUCACACAGCUUCCCCCUUGAGGGUUGGGUGGGUUGCCCCACUGGGCUCCAUAUUGCUUCUCAAUUGCCAAGGAUGACCUUCUCUUCAUUUCAUAGCCGGCUCUCUCCUUUGUAGCAGAGCGUUCCUUUCCCCAAGUUUGCUUCCUCCUUCAAGUGAUUUCAGUAUCAGUAGGUGAUUCUAUUGCCACAACUAAGUCUCAAAUUGAUGAACUCUCAAAUUGUCAAAAGGAAUAUUUCUGUCUAGACAACUCAGAGGUGGGUGGGUGGUGCAGACUUGAAUUCAAAUCUUGCACAAAUCAAACACUGAGUACCCUUUAAUAAAUGUUUAUUGAAUGAAUAAAUGAACGAAUCUCUAAGGACACACACAACUAAAGGUGUAGAGCUAGAAAUGACGUUCAUGGUCAAAGGGUCCAAACUAUUUUAGAGUAGGAAACCGAGUCCCAGGAAGAUCCAAGAUCUCACAAGAUUAUUGAAUCUAUACCAGAAUCAAGAUCUCACAGAUUACUGAGUCUGAUGCCAGAUACAAGACCUCACAGAUUAUUGAAUUUAUGCCAGAUCCAAGAUCUCACAGAUUAUCGAAUCUGAUGCCAGAUUCAAACCCAGACCUUCUGAUCUCCAACCCAGCGCUCUUUCCACUACACCAGUCCUUAAUUCCAACUCAAUUUAAGCAUUUACUAAACGCCUUUUAAUUUGCCUAGUAGGGAUUCCCCAUUAAAAUUCAAGCUGCUUAAGGGCAAAGAUUGUUUUUCCCUUUUUCUGUGCGCGCACCAUUUAGCGCAGCGUGCGUGGCACAUAGUAGGCAUUUAAUAAAUGGGAGUAAACUGGAUCUGCGUGCCCGGGCCAGGCCCUCAAGGAGCCUGUGUCCAGCCGGCGCAGGGACGUGGUCCAGGGAAGAAUAAGCCGGCGGGGGAGGCUCGGGCCAGACCCUAGAAGAAAGGCAGGAACCCUGGGGGCGGAGGAAGUCCGAAGCAGCGGGCUCCGGGAGAGCCCGGAUAGAACGCCGCAGGCUACUGGGAGGUUCGAGUGGCCCAGUUGGGCUGGAACCGAGCGUCAGGCGGAGGCGUUUGAACUUUGUUGCUCGUGCCCCAGGGAGCCACCAGAGUUUCCUGAGUGACGCUGAGGAGGGGCACGACUUGGAGGCUGGGAAUCCGCCCGCGAGCCCGCGGACGGAGGGGCAGAGAGUUGAGGACGAGGGAUGACGGAGGGUGGCGGCAGCCGAGAGGGAGAGGACCACGAAGGGGACAGAGGAUGGGGAGGGCGCACAGUGGGCGUGUCCUGAGCUUCUGGUGGGGCGGUGUCACGUUUCUGGAGAUUCUCUCAAAUUGCGGCAGGGACUCCGCCCCCAGGCAUUGAGGGCGGGGUCGCGGGGGCCGGAGCCCCUUCCCCCUCCCCAUGCCCCGCCUCCGCCCCGCCCCGCCCCGCCCCUGGGGCCCCCGGACAGCUACUGAGCUCCGCCUGCCGGGCCGGGCCGGGCGGGUGGAGCCGGGCAUCCAGGCUGCUGGAGCGAUCGCAGCCCGAGCCGGGGCCGGGGCUGGGGCCAGAGCCGGGCCCGACCGAGGCCAGCCCGGUCCCCCAGGCCCGAGCCAUGUCGGCCCCUCGCGGCGGCUUCUACCGACAGGAGCUUAACAAGACGCUGUGGGAGGUCCCCGAGCGCUUCCAGAGCCUGAGCCCCGUGGGCUCGGGGGCCUACGGCUCAGUCUGCUCGGCAUAUGAUACCCGCACUCGGCAAAAAGUAGCUGUGAAGAAACUGUCCCGUCCCUUCCAGUCGUUGGUCCACGCUAGGAGGACAUACCGGGAGCUACGGCUGCUGAAGCACAUGAAACAUGAAAAUGUCAUCGGCCUCCUGGAUGUCUUCACGCCAGCCACAUCUAUAGAAAACUUCAACGAAGUGUACCUCGUGACCACCCUGAUGGGGGCCGACCUGAACAACAUUGUCAGGUGCCAGAAGCUAACGGAUGAACACAUCCAGUUCCUGGCGUACCAGCUGCUGCGGGGGCUGAAGUACAUCCAUUCGGCUGGAAUCAUCCACAGAGACCUGAAACCCAGUAACCUGGCUGUGAAUGAGGACUGCGAGCUGAGGAUCUUGGACUUUGGGCUGGCCCGCCAGACAGAUGAUGAGAUGACAGGCUACGUUGCCACGCGCUGGUAUCGCGCCCCUGAGAUCAUGCUCAACUGGAUGCAUUACAACCAGACAGUGGACAUAUGGUCUGUGGGCUGCAUCAUGGCGGAGCUCUUGAAGGGGAAGGCCCUCUUCCCUGGAAAUGACUACAUUGACCAGCUCAAACGGAUCAUGGAGGUGGUUGGGACCCCCAGCUCCGAACUGUUGAAGAAGAUCUCGUCUGAACACGCCCGAAAAUACAUUGAGUCCCUGCCCCACAUGCCCCAGAAGGACCUGAGAAGCAUCUUCCGAGGAGCCAACCCCCUUGCCGUGGACCUGCUGGAGAAGAUGCUGGUCCUGGACAGUGACCGGCGGGUCAGUGCCACGGAGGCCCUGGCACACCCCUACUUUGCCCAAUACCACGAUCCCGAGGAUGAGCCCGAGGCGGAGCCCUAUGACGAGAGCAUCGAGAACAAAGAAAGGACCAUUGAGGAGUGGAAGGAGCUCACCUACGAAGAGGUCAUCAGCUUCAAGGCCCCCGAGCUGCCGAUGGACGGCCUGGAGAUUGAGCCGUGAGGCGGCCGGGGGCCACAGGCACCGCCCUGGCAGGGCCCGGCCGACGCCCGGCUUCACCCAUCCCAGAGGGCGCGGAGCAGACUCAGGAAGCAGGCCCCGGGCCCCGCUCCGGGGCGACCUCAUUCCCUGGGGCCGGGGCGGUGGGCUCUUCCCCUGGACCGCGGGACAGUGUGUGGAUAAACAAGGAGAAAGGAGGCCGGAGGCUUUCAGCCUGCUACUCCCAAGGACUCGCCCGCUCAGAAGAGCAGUCACGUGGCUAGAAUGGGGCGCAGCCCCCCGCUCUCUGGCAGACUUUGGGAGCCGGGGUUGGGGGAGAGGCCGAGGAAGGGGUCCUCUCUGGGCUGGAGCCUGGGCCAACCAGGGAAGACCUCUAGCUUCUCUGGCCUGGACGUGGGGGGCAGGGUGGGGGGGCCGCAGCUGGGCGGCUGGGGGUGUGUUUGAACGAGGACGCAUUUAAGGGAUGAAACUGGGCCAGCUGGGAGCGCAGACGGGCGAGGGGGGCGGCGGGUCGCCCUGCUUAGGGAGCACACCGGGGGGUUGGACAAAGCCCAGGGGAGGACCGUCGGGAUGCUUCAGAGGCCCGGGCCCAGGCCCCCUCCAAUCAGGAGGAACUGGGGCAAACACCCCCAGUCUGGAGAAGGGGAGCUUGGGGCGACUGGCUACCCUGUGCAAGUACGCGGAAGGAGGCGAUGGUCCGGAGGCCCAGGGAGCCCGAUUCAGCAACUUGUGAGAAUGAGCCAAACUGACCCGGACAGGAACAAGCUCCUGGGGAUCCUCAGGCUGCUGAGCGCUCCCCGUGCCCCUCCACAUACACACGCAUGCACACACAGACACACGGAUCCUGGGAAUGGGAGAGCUGAUGUGUUGGCGGACAGAAGCCAAGAGAAGAUCAUGGCAAGCUCUGGAGCGCUGCGCCAAAUGAGAGAUAAAAUGUCACCAGAGAACAAUUUUGUCUGAAGGAGAUCUGGGGGCCUCAGUGACUCACAAGCUAACGGGAAAAGCCACUGGGAUUUCAGCCUGGGUUCGGAGGGGACCAAUGGUGGCCAGGAGCAGGGAGGGGAGACUCCGGAUGUUCUCUGCUUCGAUCAGGCUUCCUCUGGGUUCAGUCCUGGGCACCCAUUCUCAGGAAGGAGACCAGGAUGGCAAGGGUUCAUUUGGAAGGUCCGGGGACCUUGGAGAUGAUGGGCCAUGAGGACAGCCUCCUUCUGCUUAGUCCCAGGAGGCAGAACCAGAAACAGUGGGUGAUUAAGUGAAAAAAAAAAAAAAAAAACAAUCACAACCAACUUUUAAUUAGAAAAAAUGAAAAUCAUCCAGUUUUCCCAUGAGAAGUCGUGAGAUCCCCAGUGCCCAAUGGGCUCAGUGACCACUUAUCAGGAAGAUUCUUGUUCGGUUUUGAGUUGGACUAGAGGGUGAUUCAAGUGCCUACGUGGGUGUGUGGGUUCUGACGGUGAGCCAGGCCCUCAGGACUGUCGGGGGGAGACAGGACACCCCGUUUUACACUGGGAGCACCGCUUUUGGUGGCUUAGGGGAAGAGCUGCACUCCCCCCCUCCCCAUGGGCUCCCUUCCUCCAGGAGAAUCCCGGGAUUGAAAAGUCCCUCAGAUAACCUGCUGAAGGAGAGGGACCAAGACCCAGGAAAAUAGAUUUGCUGGGUUUGGGGGUUGGGAGGAUGGGGCCAGCUGGGCCAUCAGAACUAGGGAAGGGAAAGCCAGCUGUUCCCAUUUCUCUAGCUUUCACCACCCACUGCAUUAGAAAAAUCAGACUUUUUUUCUUCUUCUUCUUUUUUUUUGCCUCGUUGGGGAAAUGAGACUCAGAGAGACAAGGCAAUUUGCCUGCGCUCAGAUCUCUAGGAAGCUUUGGAGUCGGGGCCGAAACUCUCUUCUUGUUCUGUCCAGGAUUCUGUUCACUUCUGUCCAAAAGUGAAAGAAGGUUCUUAGAGAGAGAGCUAGUGUUAGUAGCCAGGCCACGAAGGGGGAUUUCAAAUGGAGGGUUCGGCCGGAAUCUCAAGGUCCUGCCCUCUGGGAGCUUCCAGUGUGGGAGGGAAGUCCUUGAAACUUAGUUUGUGACUCAGGGCUUAGACCGAAAGCUAGAGGAAUUGGGGCAAGGAGAGCCGAGUUUGGACUAGAGGGCUCUGGGAAGGCUGAGGAGAGAAGCAGGGCUUUCCUAGAGGAGGGCCUGAGCUUGGGAGGUUUCUGGGAGGCGGGACCGAGGCUGGUUGAUGAGGUGAUGGGCGAAAGGGGCCUUUGCACAAGCCUUAAUUCACUGAGGGCCAGAAGGGCCCCCACCUUCCUUUGCCCAGCUCCCAGACACCGGAGAGGAGCCCGCCAGCACUUAUGCUCAGUCGCGAGCAAGAACUCUGUGAGGAACUGGAGUGGGGAGGAGGGUAUGGGGACAGGAAGAGCAACCGAGGAAGGAAAUCCCACCCUGGAGGGAGGGGGGCUGCCCUCGCCUCUGCCCAGAUCCUGCUGCCGGGAAGGAAGAUCACAACGGUUCCCACCGGCAGCCUGGCAACGGGGCGCUGCGUGAGAAUCCGUGGGCCUCUGCUUCGUGCACGUGUGUGAGGGCUCCCCUGGGGGCUGGAGCCAGCUAGCCCGUCUUACGGGGACCGGUGUGUCCGUCUGCAGGGUGGGCACAGCCGGGCGCCGGGCCAGGACGUGGAGGUGUGAAAUGCGUGCGGAGUGCCAGCCUCAUACACGUGUCCCGCCGCGUGUCACGGGUGAGACUGAAAUGUGUACCUUAUUAGCAGGACUCGUGCCUUGUGUGCCAGGCUCGAUACCCACAGUCCCGGAGUCAUUUUACAACAACAAGCCCAGGCGACAAAGUGGACUCCAGGACGGGCGGUGGGGCCCGCGGGGCCGGCGGCCAGGGCCGGGGGCUGGAGCUCUGUGGGCGCGGGGCCCAGGCCUGCCCCGCAGGAUCCUGUUACUGUAAGGGGAUCCUGGGAGCUGGCGGAGGGCCUGCCACACCUCCCCUCCUCCCCAGGCCCUGAGCCCAUCAAUCAGUCAAUCAGCAAGCAUUUAAUCAAUCAACAAGCAUGACAUAGCCAGCCAUAUUGGGAGAGGCCGGGUCGUCCAGGACGGGGAAACUCUGUUCUCUGGCUGGGCCGGACGGGGCAGCGGGAGUGUCCGGCUCUGGCCAUUUCAGGAAGGAGGCAGAGAAGGCCGGGGGGGAGGGGGGGUGGCGAUUAACAGGGAGCCCAGAAGGAGGGGCAGGGGAGGAUCAGUUGGAGACACUAGUUAUGGUCGGCCUGGGGAAGAGAAGAUUCGGAGGGGAUGUGAUACUGCAGCUUGUUUUGGAGACUUAAAGGGGUAUCGGGUACAGGAAGGAUUAGCCUGUUCUGCCUGACCCCAGAGAGCACAAGUGGGAGCAGUCACAGGGGAAAGUCAUCGAGAGACGGCUCCAUGUAAGGACAAACUUCCCAGAGCGAACUCUGUUCUCGUGAGAUUUGUAUUUACAACCAAACAAAUGGAUUUUGUGUAUAUUUUGUAUUAUGUGUGUACCUGACCGUUCCCCCAGCAGAGUGUAAGCUUCAUGAGGGCAGGUACCCCUCCUAGUUUGGUCUUUUGUACCCUCAGUGCCUGGCACAUAGUAGGUGGUCAAUAAAUGCUUUUUGGCUGA